AGGCUGUCAUCCGCGUUCGUCAGAACAUUAGAACAUGACAAGACUACCGGAUCCCGAUGCCAGUUAGUUUUAUGUUAUUGAAUAUUCUCACAUAAAACAGUUAAUUCUAAAAUACGCAGUCAGUAGGCGGUAAAGGGACUUUAUAACGAGUAGUGUAAAUAACGGAUAUUCCCAAUUUAUUUAAAUGGCGUCUGGGAAUGAAGAGGAAAGUGCGGGUAGCGUUUCAUGGAGGCUAAUAGGCCCAGCCUCUGAGCUUUCCAAGAAGCAGUGCCGUUUGAUGCACUCCCCCCUCGGCUACGGCUCCGAUGUUUGCCUGUUCUACGUGAAAGGGGAAUUCUUCGCCAUGGAUGCUCGCUGCGCUCACUCCGGUGGUCCGCUGUGUGAUGGAGACAUUGAGGAUGCAGAUGGUAUUCUGCAGGUCUUCUGCCCCUGGCAUGACUAUGACUUUAACCUCAGGACAGGACACUCAGGGACUGGUUUACAGCAACAAGUGUACAAAGUCAAAUUGGAGGAUGGCAGUGUGUAUGUGAAGCACGCAAGCCCUCUCUCAUUACAGACCUUCCCAUCAGGCAAGAAGAACUGAACUGCUGCCUAAAACCUGUUGUAAACCUGGGCAAUCCAUAUGGAAUGGCCUGUAGCAAUCCUGGCAAUUCUUUCAGAUUUAUUCUACAAACCCAAGCCAUCUGAGGCAUUCCUUGCCUUAUAUGAUCAUCACAGACCUUUUUCCACUCGGCUCUGGCAAUGUUGUACUCCGGGUCAUUAUCAAGAGGAUCGUCUGAAGGGAAGAUAUAUGACAUCAUCUUUUUGUUGUCGGAGACACUGGGACGUUAGCCAUCUGCUGGCAGUGAAAUAGAGAAGAGGUUGAAGGGCCACUGCUGAUCUUGAUAACCGAUCAGACAUUCAACAGACAUUAUGUAUUAGCCACUGGUCAACUUAAGUACAUUUUCAUUCUUCCCUUCCCUCAAUAUAUCACAAAUCCUUACUGUAACUGGCUCUUAUGAAAUCUGUGGAGGUUUACAAAUAUUGUAUGUUCUAAAUGAUAUGUCCAAUAUGUACAUCUGACUGGUGCGUUAGGGGCUACUGGGAAUAUAGAUAAUUUUAGUAGAGAAGUGUCAACAGCCCAUCUUCACACCUUUCAAAUGCAUUACUGUAAGGUGCAAGAGUAUAAUUACUGGAACCGAUGUGAUGUAAUUGAGGUUCAAAACAUGGUCCCAAAUUUGAAAUGCCCUUAUUAUGCAAAGCUUUUCAUUAUUUGACCUCAACCGUUUAACAGCGAGCAUAUAACAACAGCCUAAACACUGCCCAGUAUCUGACCUCACAUACAACUCGUCAAUGCAUUUGGUUCACCUCUGGUGAAUGAUAAUAGCUACUGCUACUGUUACAGCUACAGUAAAACAUCUAUUCAUUUUGCUGAGUGGUGAGGUUUUGAAUGGAAUAAAGUGAUCCCUGCAGUAGCCCAGAGAGAGAAUAGAAACCUCAGCUAUAUGACACCCACCUAAACUGGUGCCUGCCAUUUGUAGUACCUAGCUGAGAUCCAAGGGAACACACAUGAAGGGUCCUGUAAUUAUUACUGGUUUUAGUCCAGUAAUGAGUAUUUAUUAAAGCCUUGUCAGCAUUUCCCCUUUGGCCGAUGCACAGACGUGUUCUUCCCUACUGACGCAAUGGCUAAGGGAAGACUGGUCAACAGGCUGCAGAGCAGACUCAGGACUGAAAUGCACUAUUCAGUCAAGAGAAAUGUGUUAUUGUAGCUACUUGUGUUUUUUUAUGCCUCCUCUUCACCUACACUGGCAACAACAUUCACUACAUCUUCUAUCCACUACAUGUUCUCACUCUGACAUUACAGAGAUUGCCAAAAAACGUGUCAGUAAAAGUGUGGCUUGCCAUUUUAUAGUUUUCCCACCUCAUAGCCUUUCCUGUUGUGCGACUUUUUACAAUAAUAUUUCCAUUGGUGUCGAGAGCUGUGUGGAUAGGACCUGUGCCUCGUGUUUAAUUAUUCAUCACCUGAGGGGUAAUAUUCACUGACAAUUGAGAUGCAGCCAUUGUGUGUUUUUGUAGAACAAUCACCUUCUACUGGGUCUGGCGUGCACACAGUCCAUGAGUGGUUUUCUCAUUUUGUGGAUCCAGACGUUUCCUAAUAAUCGGUUUAUUGUAUUGGAUUGCAUUCACAAGUUGUCCUUAGACAUUAGAGGACCCAUCGUUGAUGUCAGAACUUUUCAAUGUAGGCUAUAUUACAUAAUGUUUGUCUCUCAUAUGCAAAGCUCUAUAUUUUGUUUUUUUGCUACUGUUUCAAAUGUAUAUGCCUGUCAUUAAGCUGCUUAUAUGGUUUUUCAUACCAUUUUAUAUUCAUUGUUAUGACUGUCUUGUUAUUGAUGUGGAUGUUAUGAAUUAUGCAAACUAAGUUAUCCCUUAAUUUUGUGUUUUAUUUAAAUGUAAUCUCACGGUACGUCACGUCUUAGUACUACAGUAAAAUGGAAUAUGUCCUUUUGCUGAUUACUUUUUUCAAAAUAAAAUAUGUUUCCAGCACGAUCA